UGCUGGGAUGAUCAGUGUGAGCCCCCAGCACUGAGUCCCACUUCUACUACCUGCCAGCAGCAUCAGCCAGCAACCGGGCACCUUCCAUCCACUGCAUGCAGAGAUGCCACCCGCCCCAUCAUGAAAAGGAUACCCUGCCUAUUGCUCUGCAUGCCCCUUGGAGCGGAGUCAGGUUUGCAUGCUUUGCAGAAGAUGGAUUACCUUGUCCUGAUCAUGUGGACCUUACCUGUCACUAUACUCAAAUGCACCUCUAUGCCAUUCCUGACAAUCCUAUGGAUUGGAAGCUUAGAUAAGACGCUUCAACUCUACUGCCUAUGUUGUGUGUCAUUUGCAGCCACGUUAACUGGUGGCAGCGGGAUGGGAGAGUUCAAUCAAGAUUACGUGUUUGUCACCCCUGUGGAAGUGGACUCCAGCGGCGCUUACAUCUCACACGAUAUUUUGCACAGCAGUAGGAAGAAGAGAUCUACGCGAAGUUCAAAGGCUUCUUCCAUGCAUUACAGAAUUUCAGCAUUUGGACAGGAACUACACUUGGAGCUGCAGCCUUCCUCUCUGCUGUCUAGGGAGUUUGCCGUACAAGUUCUGGGUAAAGAUGGAUACCUAACAGAUGUGGAACACAGCGUAGAGCCAUGUUUCUAUCAGGGAUUUAUCAGGGAUUAUGAGAACUCUUCCGUUGCUCUAUCAACAUGUGUGGGCAUGUCAGGUUUCUUAAGGACGCUCACAAGUGAAUAUUUCAUAUCACCAUUGCCGGAGCACCUUGCAGAAAAGCACAACGUCACGGCUCCAGGCGGGCAUCACCCUCAUGUAUUAUAUAAGCGGUCAGCAGAGAGUACAAUCACUCUGGACAAGGAAAGCUCUCAAUCAAGCUCCAUUCACCAGGCACCUCAAAGUUUGCGAAAGCAGCAUUUCUGUGGAAAACCCAGGAAACAUUCAUCUGGCUUAACUUCAAAAGACACCCGAAUAAGAUCCGGUGAACAUUCCCACCCACCGAGACUGAAGCGUUCUGCUGCAAAAUUCCAGCAGUCCAACAGUUUGGUUGUUGAGACCCUUGUGGUGGCUGAUAAGAAAAUGGUGGAAAAACAUGGCAAAGAAAGUGUCACCACAUAUAUACUCACUGUGAUGAACAUGGUUUCCAGUCUCUUUAAGGAUGGAACAAUUGGAAGUGACAUAAACAUUGUUGUUGUGAGUCUUUUGCUUUUGGAAGAUGAUCCAUCUGGACUUAAGAUCACUCAUCAUGCUGAUCAAUCCUUGAAUAAUUUCUGCCAGUGGCAGUCAUCCUAUGUGGGUAAGAAUGGAAAAAGACACGAUCAUGCCAUUCUUCUAACAGGAUUGGAUAUUUGCUCGUGGAAAAAUGAACCUUGUGACACCUUAGGUUUUGCACCAAUAAAUGGCAUGUGCAGCAAAUUCCGCAGUUGUACCAUAAAUGAAGAUACUGGUCUGGGGUUGGCUUUUACUAUCGCUCAUGAAUCGGGUCACAACUUUGGAAUGGUCCACGAUGGAGAAGGGAAUCCUUGCAGGAAGACUGAAGGGAACAUCAUGUCUCCCACCUUAUCUGGAAACAAUGGGGUGUUUUCCUGGUCAGCCUGUAGUAGACAAUAUCUGAAAGAAUUUCUCAGCACAGCUCAAUCCUCCUGUCUCAUUGACGAGCCAAAACAAUUGGGCAACUUUCAGUAUCCCGAGAAGCUGCCUGGACAGAUCUAUGACGCGGACACUCAGUGUAAAUGGCAGUUUGGACCAAAGGCAAAGCAAUGCAGCUUUGUGAAGGACAUAUGUAAGUCACUCUGGUGUCAAAAAUCCGGCCACAGAUGUGAGACGAAAUUCAUGCCAGCAGCAGAGGGUACUGUCUGUGGUUUGAAUAUGUGGUGUCGAAGAGGGCAGUGCGUCAGGUUUGGAGACCAUGGACCAAGAUCAGUUGUUGGAGGGUGGUCUGAUUGGAAGGACUGGUCAGAAUGUUCCAGAACCUGUGGAGGUGGAGUGAUGUAUCAAGAGCGCUUCUGCAACAACCCAAUACCUCAGUAUGGAGGGAAAUAUUGCCAGGGAUCUAACCGUAUUUAUCAGAUUUGCAAUGCCCAGACUUGUCCUUCCAACACUCCGGACUUCCGUGCCCAGCAAUGCGCAGAGUACAACAGCAAACCAUUCAGAGGAUGGUAUUACAAGUGGAAACCCUACACUACAGUGGAAGAGGAGAAUAUCUGCAAGUUGUACUGCACGGCUGAGGAUUUUGAUUUUUUCUUUGCACUGUCCAACAAAGUGAAAGAUGGAACACCAUGUUCUGCUAGUGGAUACGAUGUUUGUAUUGAUGGAAGCUGUGAGCUUGUAGGCUGCGAUUAUGUUCUUGGAUCAAAAGCAGCUCUGGAUGCCUGCGGGGUUUGUAAAGGUGAUAACUCAACAUGCAAGUUUUACCGUGGACAGUAUCUGAGCCAUCACAAAACCAACGAUUAUUAUACAGUGGUGACCAUACCGGCAGGUGCCAGAAGUAUCCAUUUUCAGGAGAUCGAAGUCUCAACCAGCUACCUCGCAGUAAGAAACCUAAACAAGAAGUAUUAUUUAACUGGGGACUGGACCAUCGACUGGCCUGGGAAGUUCUCAUUUGCUGGGACUGUUUUCAACUACCAAAGACCUUUUCAACAGACUGAGAGCAUUUAUGCAUCUGGACCAACAAAUGAAACACUGGUUUUGGAAAUCCUUUAUCAAGGAAAGAAUGGAGGAUUUACAUGGGAGUAUACAUUACAAUAUUCUCUUAAUGAAGAGAACCCUGAGAAAAAGACAAGCUAUUCCUGGGUUCCUGUCUAUACAGAUUGCUCUGUCACGUGUGGUGGUGGUUUUAUGACUGUGAAGUUUGUAUGCCUUCAAGACCUUCAGAUUCAAGUAAACUCCAGCUUGUGCAGUUCAUUAAACAAGCCUUCCCCUGAGCAAAAACCAUGCAAUACCCAACCUUGUCCAGCCUAUUGGAUUGCCAGUGAUUGGAGUGCAUGCAGCGCGUCUUGCGGUGGAGGUGAACAGACUCGGUCAGUGCUGUGUGUACAGAGGACAACACAAGGUGAAGAGCUGGUGGGGCAUUCACACUGUCCAGUAAGCACUCCUAUUCAAGUCCAGAAGUGCCAUAUCCAGGACUGUCCAGCUGAAUGGAGCACAGGGCCCUGGUCACAGUGCUCCCGAUCCUGCGGUAAGGGAAUUAGGAAACGAGAGGUUUAUUGCAGAAGUGUCAACUUGGAGAAGUAUAAAAUCAUUCCAGCAGACCUGUGUCCAGCCAGCUCCAAGCCAGAGUCCACUGAGAGCUGCAUGCUUGCCCGCUGCCAGAAAAAUGACAAACUGCAGUGGGUGAUAUCUGCAUGGACUGAGUGUUCAACGACCUGUGGCCCCGGUGUGAGGAAGCGCGAACUGAAAUGUGGUGAGAAGGACAUUCACGGCAAAAUUGUGACUGUUCCACAAAGAAGAUGUCGAAGUGUCCGAAAAGUCACCGUACCUCUGGAACAGCCAUGCAAUAACAAGCCAUGCCCUGUACAAACACCAUACACUGUUUAUAAUGGGUGGCAUGCAUCUCCGUGGCAACCGUGUACUGUGACUUGUGGUGGAGGAGUUCAGAUGAGAAAUGUCCAGUGCCUCCAUCAAGGUAGACCUGCUGUGGGCUGUUUACCUAAUCAGAAGCCACCAACAUCCCAAGCCUGCAACAUGCACUUCUGCCCUUCUACAGGAGUUCAUGAAGAUCCAUCUUGCGUGGACUAUUUCAGUUGGUGCUCCCUAGUGCCCCAGCAUGGAGUCUGCAACCACAAAUUCUAUGGCAAGCAGUGCUGUAAGUCAUGUACCAGGAAGAAGCACUUCGGCGAUACUGGCUGAUCUCCCAAAGAAGGCAAAUUUGUAUAAAAUCCUGUGAAACAAAUUCAUGAAGUGAAAGAAGUUAAUCAUCAGCAAACUGUCGUUUGAUCCUCCAGCUAGAUCUCUGAAGGCACUGAGAACUUCCAGAUAAUCAGAUUUUAAAUUGACUGAAGUGUAGCCGUAGCUGCAUUCCAUGAAUAGUAACAACUCAACUCAUACUGUAGAAAGUAAUUACACAAGGUGGCUUCAGGAUAGAAAUAAAAUGACUUACUUUUACAUGGAGGAGUAUGGAAAGUUGCAGCAGUAGAUCCAUCUAGUAUGGACUAUAUCACUUGGAGCUCCAUUGUUCUUCAGUAUUGAGUAUGCAACCAUAAAUAAUAUAAAAAUAUGCAGCGGCGUAUAUACUGCAAAUUGGAUUUGGAGAUGAACGUCAAUUCUGACCAACCACAAGUACGACAAGAGGACAUGUAUGCCUAAUUAUUGUCUAUACAGAACUGUGAUCCCUCCGUACUCCUUUGUCUUCCACCAUGGAGUUUUCUACCACAAAGGUUAUGAGAAGCCUGAUAUUACACAGCAUACUUACUAAGAUAUAGGAAUUAUUAGUAUGGCCACCCAAAGGUACACGAAGAGGACAUUGUGUACUGAAGGAGCUUUUAAAAGUUCAUUCGAUGCUUCCUUUUUGCCAACAUGGAGUUUACAGACAUAUUUUAUGUGCCAAACAUUGUUUUAAGCAACAAGAACAUUAAACUGCUUUCUAAUAAGAUGCUUUCAUGAAACAGAAACUGCCAUCAACCGAUAUGCCAAGAAGUUAAAUGUACGCAUCUUCGUUGAUGUCCUUACGGGAGGUCCUUCUUGACCACACUGUUAAACUGGUGCUCUUUCAUUAACAAUACAGGGAGUUUAAGCCCCAUAUUCAUAGGUGUGCGCAGCCUAAUGCAUUAGGGUGUGCACCCUUAAGCUCAAGCACACAUGCAUGU